AUGAACCGAUCUUCAGUGGACCUUGUAGACAGUCGACAGCCGUACCAGGUGCAGCGCAAGAAUUUCAGUGACCUGUUGAACCACGUGCGUUAUUGGAAGCGGGCGGUCGGCGAAUUGGGUGUUUUAUGUUCCUCUAGCUACUUGUCUUUCUGUACCUGUGGCUGGCGGAAGAAGGAACGAGUGGUGGCGGCAUCGUCAUCGUCGUCGUUGAGGAACCAUGCACGCUUGUACUCGAUCGGCUACGACCCCGUGGCAAAGGAGAACAACCUGAUGUUCGUCGAUAUCGUACUCAGCCAGUCUACCGACCCGUCCUCCACGACGGCAGCCGCAGUGGCGACGACCGAAGGCGAAGACGGCCCUCGUCAGAGGGUCUGCUGGCAACCGUUGCUCAAAAAUAAGACGUUUGCUGACAGUUCGUUUGCCAAGCUCAAAGGUAAGAACUCGCGAAAGGCAUCACGCCUUUCAUCCGACAUACUUUCAUACGAUCGCAGCAAGGUUUGUGAUGUUUUUGUGUUCGUCAAAAGCGGGCAGCUUUUCAGAUGCUUUGAUGAUCACCAGUCAGAUGUCGACGAUCACAAAAGUGAGGCUGGCGGUAAUGGCGGAGGUGACUGUCUUGUGCCCGAAGAGACCAUCAUCGUUGAGCCGCGCAUUUGUCCAUCUGAUUCCCGCUUCUUGGCCAUGAUCAUUGGCAGCGACCUGUACAUACUGUUCGAGAAUCUCGCCGAAAGAGCGACGUUUACCGGUAACGGCCUCCACUGCACUUGA